GGGACGGGACGGGUGUUAUACGUAUUACCUGUACCUUGCAACUAAUGGCCAGACGACCGCGCGACCAACAUAAAUCCAUAAAAACACAAAAACACAAAAAGGUAAAAGAGAGAGAGAGAGAGAAAUAAUUAAAUUGCAAUUAUGUGCAAACAAUUCCAAAUCCGGACGAUUCGGAAAAAGUUAAUUACACGACAAUAAAGAGCAGAAGAGUGGUCUCCGUUUCGGCCUCAGUCUCGGUCUCGGUCCCAGCUUCAGUCCCCGACUCUCUCUCUCUCUCUCUCUCUCUCGCUCACUCUGUGUAUCUCAUUCUGAACACCAACGCAUAAGACCUUACCAUCCAUCCACCUAUCCACAUCCGUAGGUUGAUUGUUGAGUUGAAUGAGGAUGGAGGAGGAGACAGCACUUUGCAUUCGGACUCGACUCGGACUCGGACUCGGAGUCGACUUAAGCCGACAUUAAUGGGUAUUUGAAUGUGGCUUCUGGUUGCCGGUUGCUGGUUUAAUCGGUUUGCUUGACUGAUGCCCGGUGACACGUCGUCCACAUUAUCAUUAGCGUCUGGGCCUUGACUCAGUCACCGUCGUCAGCCCCAUGCGGAUGAUCGCAAUUUACUGAUUUCGCGACCACCACAACUGGCUGUGGGAUCUGGCCUGCUCUGGUAUGGUCUGGCCUGCUCUGGGUCUGUCUUCUUUCCUAAUGAAGACGGACAGACAAAUUAGUUAUGGUCUUAUGAUAAAUUAGCUCGAUCCAAUUGCCUGCAGUCGGACAAAAGGGGAAGUCGACAGUCGUCGAAUUAGUGACAAGAUCGGAUCGCAGCACUAACGACUACUUUCGAUUCAACUAUGGGCUGCAUUUCUUUGGCUGGAAUGGAUAAGCAUAGACGAGUGUAGGUUCAAUUGCGAUACGGUACGGUACGAUAAGGCUCUGUUUGUUUUAGUGGAAUGAGAAUGAGGUAAGAGGUUAGAUAAGACAUUGGCAGUUCGGAUAAGGCUGGAGCGGAUCGCAUCGGAUCAGCAGGUAGGUUGGGUUCGGUCAGGACUGUUGUGGUUUGUAGUUAAGGAAAGUACCAAACAUUUACUUUCUUAUGGUUAGGUAUGUACAUAUUUAAAGAAGGUUGUGGCUUUUAUGGCUACGAUAUGUUAGCCCUUUCAGAUGUUCAAAAGAACAAUCAAUAGACAUCGGUCUUAUUCAAAUUCCAAAUGCAGACUCCAUUCUUCACAGUCUGAAAGGGAUAUACAAAAUGUUCGAGCUCGGGGUCACCAAAACAAUAAUUUCGAAUGGUAGAUGGUAGAUCUCGUCUCUACAUAGUGCUCAAGGAAAAUGUUGCCAAUGGGGAUAUCCCAUGCCUCGGCUAACGAUCCAUAAGAAGCAUAAAAUCUCAGGAAAUUUUAGGAGGAGUGUUCCAAGCGACUGGAACUCCGAGCAACCUUGAACACGUGAGUUGGCCAAACACUUCCCCCUUCCAGAUGACCAGGAGGCCAGCCAGAAAACCCUAAUUAGAUUACCUAACUCAGUCGAAAGUUUAAAUGUUAGUAAAGCAGGUCAGCCAACCCGACCGACGACUGACUGACAGUUGGGGGCGACCCCAGAGCCCAGAGUUCGGGAAAGUUUAAUUAGAUCUGCAUACGGAAUGAACAGCCCGGCCCGUGUCCAUGUCCAUGUCCAUGUCCCUAAAAGCAGGUUAACGAACUGUCAGAACCGAGAACCGUGCCGGUACCCAGUGUGUGUCUGCAUGUGAAAGGAUGCGCUGGCUCUGGCUCCUGGGGCUCCUGGUGGCACAUGUGUCUCUGACACUGGCUAAAGGCUGGACAGGACUGUCGCGUCACCUGCUGCCGCUGGAUUUCUAUCAGGCAGAUCUGAAGGAGCUGCUGCAGAAGAUUCUGUGGGCGGCAAACGUGAAGAGAUGCUUCGGUGUCAUCACCGACGACCUUCACUAUCCCAUCUACGAUCGGAGCUUCUUCGAGGCCGUGGGUCGCCGGCUGGUCCCCUUCUAUGUGGUGCGGGUGAAUGCCAGCGAGGAUCUCCGUCGGCUGCCCGGCGAACUGGAGCUCGUGCUGCGUGCCAUCAAGGCCAGAGACUGCGAUCUGCACGUGAUCACCAUUCUCAAUGGCUGGCAGGUGCAGGGACUCCUCAGGUUCGUCUACGACAACCGGGCCCUCAACAUGCAGGGGAAGUUCCUCCUGCUGCACGACUCGCGGCUCUUCUCCCCGGACAUGCUCCACCUGUGGACCGUCUUUGUGAGCAGUGUCUUCCUUAAGCGGCAGCUGGAUAACAGAUUCCAAAUCUCCACUGUGGCCUUUCCGGGAAUUUUGAGCGGCGUUUUGGCUCUGAAAAAUCUCGCCCUUUGGGAGCUGGGUAAACGCAUCAACGGAAGCAUUCUGUUUGUGGACAAUACAAGUGAUCUAAUGGGUGCCGCACUGCCAGUGGCCGUUGUCGAGCAUGUGCCCAUGGUCCAGUGGUCGAACACAACGAACAGCUACCAGGGCGUUGAGGUGGAAAUCAUGCAUGCUUUGGGCCAGGCCCUGAAAUUCCAGCCAGUGUACUAUCAGGCGAACGGUAGCGAGGCCACGGAUUGGGAACAGGACGAUGCGUUUGGGGAGAACAAGACCCACAUAGACUCCAAGCUUAUCGAGGAACUGGCUCUGCACAGCGCCCGGUUUGCCAUUGGGGAUCUGCACCUGUUCGAGGUCUACCUGCGACUGGUGGAGCUCAGUCAGCCGCAUAAUUUCGAGUGUCUGACCUUCCUCACGCCCGAGUCCUCGAUGGACAACUCCUGGCAGACCUUCAUACUGCCCUUCAGCGGGGGCAUGUGGGCCGGGGUAUUGCUCUCCCUGUUCGUUGUGGGGACUGUUUUCUAUGCGAUAAGCUUCUUGAACGCCAUCCUCACGGGCAGCGACUAUAGGGGCUUCUCCCGAUGCUGCCGCAGGAGCCGCGGAGGUCGUCUAGAGCCCCCGGACCCAAGCACCUAUCGACGGCUGAGCUUCCGCGUGGCCCUCAGCCGCUAUCGUCCGCCGCUGGGUGUGGGCAAGCACCGCGAUCUCUUCGACGACUAUGCCACCUGCUUUCUCCUCACGUACAGCAUGCUGCUGUACGUGUCCCUGCCGCGCAUGCCACGCAACUGGCCGCUGCGGGUCCUUACAGGCUGGUACUGGAUCUACUGCAUCCUCCUGGUGGCCACGUAUCGCGCCAGCUUCACCGCUAUCCUGGCCAACCCGGCGGAAAGGGUAACCAUCGACACGCUGGAAGAUCUGCUGCGUUCUGGGAUACCACUCAAGGCUGGGUCGGCCGAGAACAGACAGUUCUUUCUGGAUGCCACCGAUGAAGUGGCCCAGAAGGUGGGCGCCAAGAUGGAUGUCCUUGAGAACAACGAUCAUCUGACCGCUCGCAUUGCCAAGGGAGAGUGCUCCUACUACGACAACGAGUUCUAUUUGCGAUAUAUGCGCGUGGGGGACGAGUCCGGAGGCGUGGGAUCUGCCCUGCACAUCAUGAGGGAGUGCGUCGUUUACAUGCCUGUCGUGCUGGCCAUGGAAAAAAACUCCGCCAUGAAGCAGCGCGUGGACAGCUCCCUGCAGCACAUGAUGGAGGGCGGUCUGAUAUCCAAAUGGCUUAAGGAUGCGGUCAAACGGCUGCCGGCCGAGGCACCUGCCCAGCAGGAAGCUCUCAUGAAUCUCAACAAGUUCUGGAGCUCCUUUGUGGCCCUGGGGAUUGGGUACGUGGCAUCGAUUCUGGCACUUUUGGUCGAGCUUUGGCAUUUCAGGCGCAUCAUCAUGCGGCAUCCCAUGUACGAUGUCCUCAAUCCCAGCUUGUAUUAUAACUUUAAGCGUCUCUAUCCAGACCAAUAAGUAUGGAAUAUACUUUAUAGUUUCCAUAGAAAAUACAACAAAUUUGGAGCCACAUAGGCUUUCCGUUGGUCAACUUCCUGCCAAGAAAAGGGAAAGAAGAAAAGUGCAAACAGCUAGGAGCCACGUAGCUAUACAAUAAGCCCGUGACUUUAUGAAUGA